AUGUCCCAACCAAAUCCCUAUGCAUCACCGGCCAGUACAUUCCUCAAAGAGGAAGUCUACCGACUCGGUUCCUCCCCAGGCUUGCGCUCCCUGCCACCAGGUCCAGAACGGGACUUCCUCACAUUAUCAUGGGGUCCUAUCGUCUAUCGCACCGCCUACGGUCCAGACACAAAACGUCUUCUGCCCGUUCUUCUACGCUCCCUCAACGAUUCCGUGAGUCAAUCAUUACACCGGACAAUGACAGGCUCCGAGGAAGAGAUGCGCAUUCUCACGCAAACCUUCGCCUCGAAAAUAUUCAGCUCUCGAGAUAUGUAUGCCGAUCUAGACGAGGACGCGGUUCGACAGAUCUUUCAUGAUUUCAAGGUAUCAUUGACGAUCCCUGAGACGGAGCUUCCGAGUAGGCUGCGCGUCUGUUUAAUGAUUGAUGAUGAAGUAUUAUCGCAUUUGAAAGGUGUUUUGGAUAUGGCUUCACUUAGGGAAGGGGAUGCUGGUGUGGGUAGAUGUUGGGUGAAGGUUAUUGAAGAGAACUUUCCGGAUUCCAGGCUAGAUGACCACCCUCCCGUGGAUGAUGUCGAUACUGGUGGUAUAUCUUGGUGUAUGAAGAACGCUCGUGGGCGUUAUCGCGGGUGGACGAUGGUGGCACUGGAUGCGUUGGUUGAGGUCUUUGAUGGGCUGAGGGAAUUGAGGGGCUUGGUUGAGUAUCAUCGGGAGGGCAGGGCAUAUUUGGGAGAAGGGAAAUGGACUGCUUAG